CUUUUCUCUUUGACUCGUCAACACUCAAUAAUAUAUUAUUUUCCUACUUUUACAACCCUUUUUUUUUUUUAAAAAUAACAUGGCAUACUGGGAAGAGACUAGCGAACGCAGACGCGCGCCACAGAGCAUGGCACUGGACACACGGAUACAGCGCACCUACAAGGGCAAAAUAAUCAAGCAGCGUAUUGAAAGAAACCAAACCUCCAACGUAAAGAGAAAGUUCUUCAAGGAGCUCAAAAGGGAGGGCAUAGACACCAACGAUAUGCACAGAAGCAAAAGAAACCAUGUUAAUCAGGAUGCUGACGUUGACCCUGCUGCUACGGCCGACUCUGCUGAACGCAGCCGGCCUGAGCAUGCGCCGCGUCCGCCGCGCGCCAAUCCAUUCCAGAAACUGUUGAAGGAGCGUGAUCAGGUGAAGCAGCAGCGGGAGGAGGAGCGGAAACGGAGGGAUAUUGAGGUUCGCCAGAAUGAACAGCGGAGGAGCAAGUGUAUGCAUGUGCGCAAGGAGGAACGCAAAAAGUUCACUGCUCGCACUAAGCGUGGCCAGCCCGUCUUGUCGAACCAAAUUGGUAGCCUGCUGGAUAAGAUCAAGCGCGGAUAAAGCGGCAAAAAAAUUGUAUAUUCGUGGGAGAGAGAAUCUUUUUUUUGAUUUUGUGGUCUUGUACUUGUCCGUCACAUUUGAAAAAUAAA